GUUCCAUUUGGCAACUUAACAUUGCCUCUGAAAUAGCAUUCCCUUUCACAAGUAUCAUAGACGAUUAGGACUUAACUUGGUUACAACUCCUCCGGCUAAGAUCCAAAUGGCUCUUUGGCUUGAGAUCACUCACUGAGGGUGAUGAGAGGUUUUUAUAGCUAGUUUCCAGGAAAUGUUGACAUUGUAUUGGAAAAAGAAUGUAUACAGAAAAAAUUUUCGUUUAGUGUGACAUGUUAUGAGCCUUGUAGGAAGGGAAGAAUCUCAAAUUUUGGGUAAAGUGUGCCCUUCUCCUAAAGUCUCAAAGCGAAGUUAUAGCCUCAUUCAGUGUUCAGUCUUCUUUGAUGAAUGUAUAUUUCUUUUUUUCACUUUUCUGAACAUUAAACCAACAAUGUGAGUAGUGGGUCACAUGUACUGAUGAAAUCAAUUUGUUUCAAUGUAAUACAGGAGAAACUGACAAGACUGAUUAACUGCAAACACACUACUCUGGUAAAGAGUGUGAGUGAAAUAAAUGAAAUGCAGUCUCAGAUCAGGGAAGUUGUAUAUAAUUUGAAGGAAAACUGUGCCCUAGUUCGAGUGUUAUUUUAUCCUAGGGAAAGAGGAAGCAUUCAUUCUGUCAGUACAAUGACUAUAACCAUGACUUUUGCUCCCAGGCCUCUAGAUAAACCAUGGUAAUUUCCAGAGGGCUAAGAUACUGAAAAGAUCAAUAUACUCCUGUGACUGUGGGGAAUUUUUUUUUUUUUAACUCAGGUGAAAUGAAAAAGAAGGGAAAGAAGAAGAAAAAGAAAAACAGGCUGGAGCUUGACAAUCUAUCCCACUUGUUUCAACUUCAGGCCUACCAUAAUAUAUCAGUCUCUUACAAUUUAAAAUAUUUUUUGUAUGCUGUUUUAAAAAAUCAUCAAUGUUUUGAGUUCUGUUUAGCCACACUUUUCCAGGAAUGGAAAGACCUUCAAUAAAAUUACAGUUAGGUCUAAAGUCACUCACCAAUGGCUGGUGAUUUUAAACCUGAUAAAAGACUGCUGCUUAUUUAUGAAAUAUUACACAAGUAGUAUUUGGAAAAACCUUGAGUCUGUUAAUAUAACAUUCAACUUAAGAGAUUUCAACAUUAAAACACAUAUUUGCUAGAAACAUGGACAUAACUGAUCUCAAAUUGAUGAAAAGUAACUCUGAAAUUUAAUGCUUAGUUUCAUUCACGAAACAAGUCUUUUUCACUACUCCUUCCCCUUUCUUUCUGCCCAUGGGAUCUCAUGUUUCCCCUGUUUUCUAGUAAAUUCAGCCCAUGUUUUGCAGCUGGGCCCAGUGUUGUCACCAUAAGCUUAAACUUUGAACUGAUCAACCUAGCAGCCAGAAAAAAAAUUUAACUUCCUCACUGAUGAUGUCUUGAUGCUUGUUUUUAUUUCCACAUUAAACAAUUCCUUGCUUACUUUUUUGACCCCCACAAAUGGAAAAGGAUAUGAGGAGGAAUUUUUUAGAUGUAGAAAAAAAAAUUUUCUUACAUGAUUGUUUUGACAGCUUGUGGUCCAACCCACAUGACUGGGAGAUCUGUCCAGGAUGGUCUCCCCAGCACAAGCACAAGCGCAAGAGGAUCAGAAGAUGAUAUGCCUCUAAAUGGCAGCAAUUCUUCAUUAAGUGAAAGUGAACCAGGUAAAAUGUUUGAAAAAUACACCCACCACCAUCCAAUGAUGUAUUAGCUCAAGGUUGUCAACCAAUGAAUUACCAUCUAACAACACCUACUCUUUACUUGACUUUAUAUCAUAAAACUUUGGAUACCUCCCUACAUCAUGUCAACUUUGGAGAAAGGAGGGAAUGAUUAAUUGAAGUUUACCUCUCCUAAUGCUGCAAGAGCAAUAUGGCCUAUGCAGCACUAUCCUAAAUGGUUAAGUUGAAUACAUUUAUGUAUCAUAUCUAGUUUUCAACAUCAAAUGGGAGAAUUGUACUUGGUCAGGAGAAAUACGUACAGUAGGUUACAUGAUUGUUAUUUUUCAAGGCGUUUAUCUUUUGAUCACAACAACCUUUGACUUGGGUUUUUGAAAAAGGCUUCAAAAUUAAUAGUUUUGCAAGGCUGUGCUCUAAGGAAAAUUUCAGGGAGCCCUUCGGGCUCCCAAGCGUUUUAGCUUGGGUGCCCAGGCCUAAAAGAUGGUCGCCCAAAUCAAAAUUUCGGGGAGCCCGAAGGGCUCCCAAACAUUUUAGCUGAGGUGCCCGGGCCUCCUAGUUGGUCGCCCAAAUUAAUAAAUCAGUCAGUUAAUUAUUAAAAAUUAAACAAACUGUUUUCGUAACGAGUCAAAUAGAACUAUGUGCAUUUAUUUAUUGUUUUUAUGUUCAUGAAACAUCGUAUCCUUUGACCUCCUGAAAACCUAUCGGUGAAAUGUUCAAGACAAAUGAGCUUUUUGUGGAUUCGGUCGAUUUUAUUUUUAGUGCGUGAUACGUAAUAACUUGUCACGACACCAAGGACAAUGCGGGACUUAUAGAGUUUAUACCCGUUUCUAAAACAAUCACAAAAAAAAAAACGUAUCUUUUUCUUUUUAUACAUCGUGUUUUACUGGAAAAACAAUCUUAAGUUAUGUUUUUUGCCUCGCAGACACGGCAGUAAAAAGCCGGCUAAAAUAUUAAAUUAGCAUAGAAGAGCGACUCCCGUGUUUAUUCAGCGAUUUAUUAAUCGCCGACCGUACUUUACGCCUAUCAGAGCAGAAGUAACAACUUCUUUUGAAAAACUAGCAGAUGAGCCAUCCCAAUUUAAAGGAAAAAUUUUAAUGCUAUUGGAAAAGCCGUUAAAAUCGAAAACUGUGCAGCUAGUCAAGUUCAAAGUCAAGGAUUAUGCUACAUGUGAAUUCACGUGGAACGACCUUUGAACAUCAACGCGCGCCCGAUGGAACAACAUUUUCUUUUAAAAGAACGACUCCCGUGUUCAUUUAGCGAUUUAUUAAUCGUCGACCGUACUUUACGCCUGUCAGAGCAGAAGUAACAAUUGCUUUUCAAAAACUAACUAACGAGCCAUCCUAAUUUAAAGGAAAAAUUAUAAUACUAUUUGGAAAAGCGGUUAAAAUCGAAAACUGUGCAGCUUGUCACGAUCAUUUAAGUCGAUGAUUAUGUUACACGUAAAUUCACGUGGAACGACCUUUGAAUAUCAACGCGCGCCCGAUUGAACAACAUUUUCUUUUUUUUUUUUUGACUGUAAAUCAAGAAACCAACACCAGCCAGUCGCCCGGCCGGGCGACCAAGAAAAUAUUUUCAGUCGCCCGAGGCCAAAUGUUAGUCGCCUCAGGCGACCGGGCGCCGUUAGAGCACAGCCUUGUUUUGCGUCGCCUAUUUGCGACUGCGGUGUUGACUCUGAAUCAGUGAAACAUUGUUCCUUGCAUUGCCCAAGGUAUGCCGCUCAAGGUAAUGUUCUCCUUACCUCAGCUGCUAGUAACAUGAGACAUGGUCUUCGAGCGGCGAUGCAAGGAUACUAAACUUUUUAAUGUAAGGUGUCGAGUCUGUAAAUUACGAUGUCAAUUGUGCUUUUUUCCCGCGAAGUGCAAAUUUUAUAAUUAAUACUAAUCACUUUUCAAUGGCCAUUGUUUGAUUGUUUAAAUAAUAUAUCCCUAGCUAUGUAGGUUUAACUCGUUGUUAUUACAAUUUGUGGGUAUUGUCUGUGUGUGUAUUCGUGUGAGCUUGUAUAAAUUAAAUUAAAGUUUAUAUAUUCCCCCUAAGCAAGCCUAAAAAAAAGGUUGUGUUCAUAAGUUGUGGUUACGAAUGUUUUUUUCCCCAUUAACAACAAAGAGGGCAACCUGUUCUGACAAGCUUCAUUUCUUUCCUGUUUAUUGAUGAAUGUAAUAUAGUGGAGGAUGAGAGGCCAGGCGUUGAGACUAACAAGAAGAUCAACAAAGAGAGCAGUGGAAUGAAUCAGAUGGAUAAUGCCGCAGCAGACCUAAAAAGUGCCAACGAUAAUGAUUCAAAUGCAGAUCAGGCUAAAGUGACUGUCACUGGGCGAUCUUUUAAAGUCGCAGAUAUUCCAAUUAAAGUGAAGAGUAAGAUCUGCCUUAAACUUAAUGUAGAAGAUAAUUAUUUUUCAAAUGAUUAUCGCUUACUUGGAGAGAAAAUGGGAAUUGAUCGAGAUGCAAUAAAAAAUUUAAAACGGUCAGCAAAUCCUACCCAUGAUCUUCUUGAGCUGUGGUCUGCUAAGCGUGAGGCAACUGUAGAGAAGCUCAUAGAGUUUAUUAGAGAGGAUGAUAUGGAUAGAGAUGAUGUUGCAACCAUUCUUGAAGACUGGUUGAAAAAAGAGAUUUCAAAUACUUGAGGUAUUGACAA